GAAGGGAGGGCACUGCCUCUCCGCCCCCUUCCCCAGGUCCCGAGGGGAGGGGAAUCCCUCGGCGGGAGGCCUGUCCCUUUAAGGAGGCGGCCCUGCCUGGGUGUGCCCCGUCUCCAUGGUUACCCCGGUGCAGGCGGCGGGCGCCGGAGGGAGGGAGGGAGGCUGCCGCUUCUCCCCGACAGACGGAGGGAGCUGCGGGGAUCCGGUGCUGAGCGAAACCCGAGCUGUAACCGGCCCGCAGUCGAAACGGGAGCCGCUGUCACCGUCGCCGAGAGCUGAAGGUGCCGAGAGCACAGCGGCCGCCGAGCGGGGAGUCCGGGAUUCGUGGGCGGCCAGGGCGCUAGGAGCCGCGCGCCAUGCUCCCGGCCUCGACGGCGGGGACGCCCCCUCGCUCGCAGGCGGCUGGAGGGACCUGCGAGCCCCGGGUAGGCACUGCGCCCCGACGGCUGCGCUAGGGGGCGCGGGGCCCGGCGGGGGGCGGCCGAGCUGGACGCCCUCCCCCGGCGCUGAGCCCCCGCGCCCCGGAGGGAUGGGGCGGGCGGCUACCGCCGCCUAAGAUGCCGGCCAUGCGGGGACUCCUGGCGCCUCAGAACACUUUCCUGGACACCAUCGCCACGCGCUUCGACGGCACGCAUAGUAACUUCGUGCUGGGCAAUGCCCAGGUGGCGGGGCUCUUCCCCGUGGUCUACUGCUCUGAUGGCUUCUGCGACCUCACGGGUUUCUCCCGGGCCGAGGUCAUGCAGCGGGGCUGUGCCUGCUCCUUCCUCUAUGGACCAGACACCAGUGAGCUCGUCCGCCAGCAGAUCCGCAAGGCCCUGGAUGAGCACAAGGAGUUCAAGGCUGAGCUGAUCCUGUACCGGAAGAGCGGGCUCCCGUUCUGGUGUCUCCUGGAUGUGAUACCCAUAAAGAAUGAGAAAGGGGAGGUGGCCCUCUUCCUGGUCUCUCACAAGGACAUCAGUGAUACCAAGAACCGAGGGGGCCCUGACAGCUGGAAGGAGAGAGGUGGUGGCCGGCGCCGAUAUGGCCGGGCAGGGUCCAAAGGCUUUAAUGCCAACCGGCGACGGAGCCGGGCUGUGCUCUACCACCUGUCUGGGCACCUGCAGAAGCAGCCCAAGGGCAAGCACAAGCUCAAUAAGGGGGUGUUUGGAGAGAAGCCAAAUUUGCCCGAGUACAAAGUAGCUGCCAUCCGGAAGUCACCCUUCAUCCUGCUGCACUGCGGGGCCCUGAGGGCCACUUGGGAUGGCUUUAUCCUGCUCGCCACCCUCUACGUGGCCGUCACUGUGCCCUACAGCGUGUGCGUGAGCACAGCCCGGGAGCCCAGCGCCGCCCGGGGGCCCCCCAGCGUCUGUGACCUGGCUGUGGAGGUCCUCUUCAUCCUGGACAUAGUGCUGAAUUUCCGCACCACAUUCGUGUCCAAGUCGGGCCAGGUGGUGUUUGCCCCGAAAUCCAUUUGCCUGCACUACGUUACCACCUGGUUCCUGCUGGAUGUCAUUGCGGCGCUGCCCUUCGACCUGCUACAUGCCUUCAAGGUCAACGUGUACUUUGGGGCGCACCUGCUGAAGACCGUGAGGCUGCUGCGGCUGCUGCGGCUGCUCCCGAGGCUGGACCGCUACUCGCAGUAUAGCGCCGUGGUGCUCACCCUGCUCAUGGCCGUGUUCGCCCUGCUCGCCCACUGGGUGGCCUGCGUCUGGUUCUACAUCGGCCAGCGGGAGAUCGAGAGCAGCGCCUCUGAGCUGCCCGAGAUAGGCUGGCUGCAGGAGCUGGCUCGCAGACUGGAGACCCCCUACUACCUGGUGGGCCGGAGCCCAGCUGUAGGGAACAGCUCCGGCCAGAGUGACAACUGUAGCAGCAGUGGCAGCGAGGCCAACAGGACGGGGCCAGAGCUCCUGGGCGGCCCCUCACUGCGCAGCGCCUACAUCACCUCCCUCUACUUCGCACUCAGCAGCCUCACCAGCGUGGGCUUCGGCAACGUGUCCGCCAACACGGACACCGAGAAGAUUUUCUCCAUCUGCACCAUGCUCAUCGGCGCCCUGAUGCACGCGGUGGUGUUUGGGAACGUGACGGCCAUCAUCCAGCGCAUGUACGCCCGCCGCUUUCUGUACCACAGCCGCACCCGCGACCUGCGCGACUACAUCCGCAUCCACCGCAUCCCCAAGCCCCUCAAGCAGCGCAUGCUCGAGUACUUCCAGGCGACCUGGGCCGUGAACAACGGUAUCGACACCACCGAGUUGCUGCAGAGCCUCCCAGACGAGCUCCGCGCAGACAUUGCCAUGCACCUUCAUAAGGAGGUCCUGCAGCUGCCCCUAUUUGAGGCCGCGAGCCGAGGCUGCCUGCGGACGCUCUCCCUGGCCCUGCGGCCGGCCUUCUGCACGCCGGGCGAGUACCUCAUCCACCAAGGCGACGCCCUCCAGGCCCUCUACUUCGUCUGUUCCGGCUCCAUGGAGGUGCUCAAGGGCGGCACGGUGCUGGCCAUCCUAGGGAAGGGUGAUCUGAUUGGCUGUGAGCUGCCCCGGCGUGAGCAGGUGGUCAAGGCCAACGCUGAUGUCAAGGGGCUGACGUACUGCGUCCUGCAGUGUCUGCAGCUGGCCGGGCUGCACGAGAGCCUCGCCCUGUAUCCUGAGUUUGCCCCCCGCUUCAGCAGGAGCCUCCGAGGGGAGCUCAGCUACAACCUGGGUGCUGGCGGCGGCCCUGCAGAGGCGGACACCAGCUCCCUGAGUGGUGACAACACCCUCAUGUCCACGCUGGAGGAGAAGGAGACAGAUGGGGAGCAGGGCCCUGCGACCUCGCCGGCCCCAGCUGAUGAGCCCUCCAGUCCCCUGCUGUCACCCAGCUGUACCUCCUCGUCCUCGGCUGCCAAGCUGCUAUCCCCACGUCGAACCCGGCCCCGGCUCGGUGGCAGAGGGCGGCCAGGCAGGGCGGCGGCUUCGCAGGCUGAGGCUGGGCCCCCUGCGCACCCUCGGAGCUUGGAGGGGCUGCGGCUGCCCUCUGUGCCGUGGAAUGUACCCCCGGAUCUGAGCCCCAGGGUAGUAGAUGGCAUUGAGGAUGGCUGUGGCUCCGACCAGCCCAAGUUCUCUUUCCGCAUGAGGCAGUCUGGCCCGGAAUGUAGCAGCAGCCCCUCCCCUGGACCAGAGAACAGCCUGCUCACUGUCCCCCUCGGGCCCAGCGAGGUGAGGAGCACGGACACCCUGGACAAGCUUCGGCAGGCGGUCAUGGAGCUGUCUGAGCAGGUGCUGCAGAUGCGGGAGGGGCUGCAGUCCCUCCGCCAGGCUGUGCAGCUUGUCCUGGCACCCCACGGGGAAGGCCCGUGCCCCCGACCCUCGGGAGAGGGGCCGUGCCCUGCUGGUGCCUCGGGGCUCCUGCAGCCUCUGUGUGUGGACACUGGGACGUCCUCCUACUGCCUCCAGCCCCCAGCUGGCUCUGUCUUGAGUGGGACCUGGCCCCACCCUCGUCCAGGACCCUCGCCCCUUGUGGCACCCUGGCCUUGGGGGCCCCCAGCAUCUCAGAGCUCCCCCUGGCCUCGGGCCACGGCUUUCUGGACCUCCACCUCUGACUCCGAGCCACCAGGCUCAGGAGAACGCUGCCCUGAGCCCAGCACUCCUGGCUCGCCGCCUCCUGAGGACGGGGCUAGGACUGGGCCCCCAGAGCCCGCGAACCAGGCCGAAGCUGCCAGCACUGGAGAGCCCCCACCAGGGGCAGGGGGCCUGGCCUUGCCCUGGGAGCCCCAUAGCCUGGAGAUGGUGCUCAUCGGCUGCCACGGCUCUGGGACAGUCCAGUGGACCCAGGAAGAAGGCACAGGGGUUUGACCGCCAGCCCCAGAACUCAGUGUUGCCCAACAUGCUGCCAUCUGCUGCUCUGCCCAACCUCAGGGUAGAGGAAGGGUGGCGGCCACCCCCAGGGACUCCGUGCUGCCCGCUGGCUCAGGGCAGGGAGCCUGAGAGUAAAAGAGGGCCUGGCCCCAGACUCUCAGAGGCUGGGCUGGAAGUUCAGGGGCAGGCCCCAGACCAGGGAUCUUUGAGCUCCUACUCCUGGGGCCCUUCCUCACCUCAGCCUGCUCCUCUGACCGCCUCUGCAGGCUGGGGACAGAGGCCCAAGGCCAAGGAGGGGUUCUGCCACCCCCUGCAUGUGCCCCUGCCUCAACUGUCCCCACAUUUUUUAUAUUAAAAAAAGAAUAAUAAAAGAGACUACUUUAGAA